AUGGAGACUUUGGUGUUGAUUCCUCAAGACUUGAGCCUGGCUUUGAGGCCUGGUGGCGCGAGAGGUCGUGAGGCUUCCGUCAGCGUGUGGACCUCAGCUGAGCUUCCUCGAGGGUCCUUACUGUACCCAUUCCAGGGCACAAUAAGGAUUGAUAAGCUUCAUGUUUACACAUACGUUCCGGACCACGAUAUACGGCACAGAUUCGGUUUAUUCGACGAAGUGUGUACUUCUGGUGGAGUCCAAGUCCGCCACUGUAAUUGGGUUCGAUUUCUGCGUGUGUCAGAUAACUAUGGACCACAAGUAAACCUAGUCUGCACAAAAGUCAAGGGUGAGCCGGUAUAUGAAGCGGUGAAGCCUGUGUCUGCGCACACAGAGCUGGUGGUCUACUACCUUCCUGAGAGACCUGAGGAGAUGUUCUUCGUGAAGAUGAGGAACAACCUUUACAGACAAACUAUGGACUCGAUAUUGGAAGAUUCACCACUAGACCUAUCGACAUCACUCCUCUCCAGGGUUCUACUUCCAAUAUCCCCUCCUUCUGGUGCAGAAGAUGAACACAAAUCCGUAUCAGGAGAUUCCCUCACGUCAUCAUCAGCCGGUUCAUCAAACGAACUCCUGGAUAUGACUCCUAAAAUCCAAAGAAGACCAGCCAAGUCUGAAAGGGCGUUACUACCCUGUGAAGUUUGUGGGAAAGCCUUCGAUAGACCAUCGCUGUUGAAACGUCAUAUGAGAACACAUACUGGUGAAAAACCGCACGUAUGUAUGGUAUGCAACAAAGGCUUCAGUACGUCGAGCAGUUUAAACACCCACAGAAGAAUCCAUUCAGGGGAGAAACCUCAUCAAUGCCAGCAUUGUGGGAAGAGGUUUACAGCCAGCUCCAACCUGUACUACCAUCGAAUGACGCAUAUAAAGGAGAAACCACACAAGUGCAGUCUCUGUUCCAAGUCAUUCCCAACGCCUGGAGACCUCAAGUCCCACAUGUACGUGCACAGCGGCUCCUGGCCCUACAAGUGCCACAUAUGUUCCCGAGGGUUCUCUAAGCACACCAACUUGAAGAACCAUCUCUUCUUGCAUACUGCUAAACAUCAAAGAAACAGUGCAAGGGACGCCACCUGA